ACGCAACGCAACACGACAACGACCAGAAACUGGACACUCGACACCCUCGCUUGUCCCGGUCUGCCGCUCACGGACCUGCUCGUUUGAAGAAGGUUGCGAAUAAACACCGCACAGGUGUGACACGGUGACGUUCUGGCCUGUUGUCUUCUUCGCGAUCUCCUGGAUCCUUCAAGCUGUCCUUUUCUCUCCUCUCCUUCGCGCCCUCCACCAAACCAAACCAAAUCAACACCUCCCCCCCCCGGUCCGCUUCUCUCUUUCUUUUUUCCACCCAUACACGCAAAGGCAAGCAUGGCGUCCGUGGACUUCCCAGAGGUGCCCAUCCCCGUGCUGGACAUCAGCCCGUUCUUCUCCGAGUCGGCAAGCGCGGAGGAGAAGCAGAAGGUUGCCCACGACUUUGACCAGGCCUUCCGCAAGUACGGCUUCGCCUGCAUCAGCGGCCACGGCGUCGACAUGGACAUUGUCAACCGCGUGGAGCAGGAGGCCCGCAACUUCUUCUCCCAGCCAGCACAGGAGAAGACCAAGUUCAACUGCUCAAAGAACUACGGCAAUGGCGGGUACACUGGGCUCAAGUCCGAGACGGUGAGCGUCAACGGCGUGUCUGACCACGUGGAGAGCGUCGAGUUCCGCGGCAACGGCAACGAGAUGGUUGUGCCCUGCGAGGGCUGGAACCAGGACUUUAUGGACGCCGUCAAGGCCUACUGGGGCCAGGUGGAGGGCCUGAGCAUGCGCAUCCUCAAGGUGGCUGCCGCCGCGCUGGAGGUUCCCGAGAACUUCUUUGACGAGUUCUACAACCCGAUCCAGAUGGACCUGCGCCUGGCCAACUACCCCUGCGUCAAGGACCGGGUUGAGAUUCCGGAUGCCACCAUGGGCUACGGCGCGCACACAGACUACACGGGCUUCACCGUCCUCAAGGCAGACUACGAAGUCCAGGGCCUGCAAGUGCUGCUGCCUGGCGAGACGACAUGGAAGACGGUGAUCCCACCAGAGGGCACGUUCAUCAUCAACUCGGGCGACCUCAUUGGCAUCUGGACCAACGACCGCUGGCCCUCGGUCGUCCACCGCGUGCUCCCUUGCGGGCCCCUCCCCGAUGGCCGCUGCAAGGACCGCCUCUCCCUCGUCUCCUUCACGGGGCCAAACUACGCCUCCCAGAUUGAGUGCGUGCCCACGUGUGUUGGCGAAGGCGCCCGCUACAAGCCCGUCAACGCCGGCGAGCAUUUCCAGCAGCGCCUUGUUGCCGGCCGCUACAAGGGCGACGACAAGGAUGGCAAUGCCAAGUGAGCUGCAUGAGCAGCGAGGCAUGGCAUGAGCCACCAACGGCGCCCGCAUUCACCUCAUCACCAAGUUUGUGUGUGUGUGUGUGUGUGUGUGUG